AUGUCCUCCGAGGCUCCCAAUGGCCAUGACAUGGCCAGAAUGCACACCAAUGAUAUCGAGAUUGGUGUAUCUGACGCUCUCCAGCGUCAUAUCACCAGACAUGUGGUCCCACCAAAGCCAGUCACCCAACGUAAGCUCAAUUUCGAACAUCGACGGCCACGACUACUACGUGAAAUGAUGGCCGAGGCUACCGGCGUGUUCUUUUACGUCUUUCCUGGUAUCGCCUCGGUCGCUUCUUUCACCCUGGCAACAACCAACCCGGUAGCUGCGGUGAUCGGAGUAGACAUCUUUGGCAGUCUCUUCCAAAUCGGUUGGGCUUUUGCUAUUGGUAUCGCGUUUGCUAUCAUUACCUGUGCUCCUGUCAGUGGUGGACACUUCAACCCUGCCAUUACCAUUUGCUUGGCUAUCUGGCAAGGUUUUCCUUGGAAGAAGGUCCCUCAUUACAUUUUCGCUCAGAUCUUCGGUGCCUUCAUGGCCGGAUUGAUGCUUAUGGGAUGCUACUGGCCGCAAAUCCAAGCUGCGAAGGCCCUAGAUAUCAAGGAACACGGAACGACCGUGUACAACGGCGGUGUCGCUAGUAUUCUCUGCUCAUUUCCCAAUCCAGACCAGACCAACCAGGGAUACUUGUUCUUUCAGGAGUUUUUCGUCGACAGCUACAUCGGCAUCGUCAUCUGGACGUGCUUGGACCCUGCGAACCCUUUCGUCAGUCCCGUGUCCGUGCCAUUCACCAUUGGCAUUGCGUACGCGGCUAUGGUCUGGGGUUUUGCGGGCAAUACGCUUUCAACGAACCUGGCUAGGGACUUGGGCACCAGAAUUGUUGCGGCGAUCUUUUUCGGAAAGGAGGUGUUCACGUAUGAUAACUCCUACAGCUGGAUCAGCAUCUUGGUCAAUAUCCCUGCCACAAUCUUUGCCACAGGUUACUAUGAGUUCUUGAUGAGGGAUAGUUUGCAGAAGAUCCACUCUGGACAUGCCGAGCAUGAGGAGGGUGAAGAGGGCCUCAAGAGGCAUAUCAGUCGGGUCACAGGCACUAAUCUGAGCAGUGACAAUGAGGAGCCGUGGCAGGCGAACAGGGGAUUUAUGAAUGCCGCGGGUGAGGAUGGCGUCAGGAGCAAGCAGUUCUAAAGGAGGGCGAGUGGAGAGGAAGGACUUAUUUGAUGAGAUGAUAGCAGGGAGCAGUGAAUGUGUACGUGUGCAGAUAGUGUUCAUAAGGGGUAGGAAGGUCUGAAGAUUUGAAUGUGUGGCACAAGUAUAGAUUGG